CAUGGUUCAUACUUUAUAAGCCACUUCGGUUAAAUUUCGUCAAGUUUUCCCUCAUCGCAAUUCGCACAACCCAAACGAAGGUUGCAAUACAAUCACCACCACAAGUACGAAACCCCCAAAACAUAGAAGACUAGCAGCACGAAAACCUUCGAUUAUCCCUUUGUAUAUAAAAUAAAUCUUCCGACUUGUUACAAAUUGGGGAUUUUGGUCGACGUAAGGUGGUUUUGGUUUUAAUUCAUCAAAGAAUUCAAUGGCACUGAGAGCACCUGUUGCAGGGUUAAGUAUCGCUUCAACAACAUCAGCUUCAUUACAGGAUUCUUCUACCAGAAUUGGAUUUUGCAAGAUUCCAACUAACAGGACAUCGUUCUUUGGUUCUGGAGUUGGAUCCCUAAAGGUUAGAGUACAAAUAGAUCACCCUAGAAAUACAAGAUGUUAUGGAAUUCGCAUGAAUCUUUUUGAUCGUUUUGCACGAGUUGUCAAGUCCUAUGCAAAUGCACUGGUUAGCACCUUUGAAGAUCCAGAAAAGAUCUUAGAGCAAGCUGUUCUUGAAAUGAAUGAUGAUCUAAUAAAGAUGCGUCAAGCUACAGCUCAAGUUUUGGCAUCUCAAAAGAGGUUGGAGAACAAAUAUAAAGCUGCUGAGCAAGCUUCUGAAGACUGGUACAAAAGAGCACAACUUGCUCUUAGUAAGGGAGAUGAAGAUCUUGCACGUGAAGCUUUAAAGAGGCGUAAAUCUUAUGCUGACAAUGCAGCUUCUUUGAGGACUCAACUUGAUCAGCAGAAAGGUGUUGUGGAUAAUCUUGUGAAUAACACUCGGAUUCUAGAAAGCAAGAUACAAGAGGCUAAGUCAAAGAAAGAUACUCUCAAAGCACGUGCACAGUCUGCAAAAACUGCAACAAAAGUAAGUGAAAUGUUGGGGAAUGUGAAUACAAGCAGUGCUCUUUCAGCAUUUGAGAAGAUGGAAGAAAAAGUUAUGACCAUGGAGUCUCAAGCAGAAGCCCUUAAUCAGCUAACAACUGAUGAUCUUGAAGGAAAGUUUGCAAUGCUGGAGAGCUCAUCAGUUGAUGAUGAUCUUGCAAGCUUAAAGAAGGAACUAUCUGGAACCACAAAGAAAGGAGAGCUUCCACCAGGGAGAACAACGGUUUCCAACUCAAAAGCAGCAUAUCCAUUUCCGGAUCUUGAAAUAGAGAAUGAGCUGAAUCAAUUAAGGCAAAGAACCAGAGACCUCUAGAAUCAACUUCAUAUUUUGUUUGGAAAAUGGUUACUCAAGCUCAAACUUUAUUAAAUUCCAAUGUUACCCUUUGUCAAAAUUAUUACAAAAUAUAUACUCGUGUUAUUGUGGGACUUUUUGUUUAUGUGGAUUUUUCAUCACUUUAUCGAGUUUUAUAGUUUAUAAAUGGACAGAGUUCAUAUUUUC